AUGCCGGCUGCAGGUGCUGCAGAGCCCGCUGUGGCAGAAGCUGCAGCUCGCUUGGAGGAUCUGGAUGAACCUGCGGAGCCGAGAGGGAGAGCCAAUGGAGGUCGGGCUGGCCUGAUGAAGCCCCUGGUGGUCCUUGCUCUUCCUGGGAUGUACCUCUUCUACAAGUACAGCCAGUAUAGGCGGGAGCAGCGCGAGCUCUCUCGGAGAAGGGUCACGGAAAGGGAGCUGCAACACCUUCAUCACAAAAUCGACAAGCUGCUGACGAAACUGGAGGAGAACGAACCGGAAAUGGCCUCCUCCCAAGAGGACGAGUGCGUCAUCUGCGUAAAUGCCAGAGCCACGAUGCAGACGGCGCCCUGUGGGCACCGCGUCGUUUGCAGACGAUGUUUUGUCAAGACUAUACAAAUGGCGGUGUCGCAGCGGCUCCUCCCGCUACGCUGCGUAAUCUGCAGAGCGAAGAUCCUACGGCUGAAACAGACCCUGAUCCCCAGAGACUAUUCCAUGUCUGGGAAGUCCUGGGUGCUGCCUCAGAGUGCAUCGGCAUACAGCAUGGGAACUGGGGUCUCUGUGGGCGUUUCCGGUCCAGGGGGAAGAUGGAGCACCGGAAGUGUUCCGGCCUCGGCUUCGCUCUACUCCAUGGCCAGCGGUUCUUCCUCCAUAUCCGGCGUGUCUUCCGUGUCCUCGGCGACGUCCUCGUCCACUGCGAGUUCCGGUAGUUCCACCCUUGGGAAACCUCCAAGGGUUCGGCAACCUACCGGCGCGAAUUUAAGGCGGUCGCAGACCCAGUCCAUGAAGAUGAGGAUUCAGGAGUAUCAGGAUCCGAUACAGCAUGUCUCGGAAGAGGAUGAUAUCCUGAGGGAGAACCGGGAGCGGAGGUUGCCGCCGAUUAAGGAGUUCCAGCGGGACUACCGAGCCGGAAAAGCGUCCACCAGGAUACGAUGCGCGCAGAAGAUCGUGACGCAGCUGGAGACAUCCCCAGGUCCCAGGGGACCAUCAAACGGGACCAAAGAGUGUCUCUCGAGCUCCUCGUCUUCGAAGUCUACCACCGCGAAGAAGGCGGUACCAGCCUUGAAGACGACCCUGACGGUCGCCCAGGAGGUGCAGAAGACGAAGAAGGAGAAGGAGAAGGAAAAGGAGAGGGAGAAGGCGGAGAAGGCGAGGCAGAAGGAGGAGGAGAAAGCCGAGAAGGCCAGGCAAAAGGAGGCCAAAAAACUCGCCAAGGAGGAGAAGAAGCGAGCCAAGAAGGAGGCUAAGGCGAGAAGAAAGGAAGCCGAGGAAGUCCUCCUCAGAGACGACAAGUAGCGCCGCCUGGACGGCCAAACUCCGAAGCAGGACAGAUCAGAGUUCCUGGCUAGCAGCGGAAGAGGGAGAACCGUGGUCUAAAUGUAAUUCAAUUAAUUGCGUAAUCGAGCGAUCCGACGCCGAGAAAAGUUUCAAGCGAGUUUGCAGUCGACCCCUGGAAGCGUGUUAAUAGGGGGGUCCACUUUAAAUUCGUCAUAUCUUUCCCUUUUAGGCAAAUCUUAAAAGUUCGGGUCGAACGAACACUCGAUUACGACGAUUCAAUAUUUCGACCGGGUUUUAGGGAGAAUAUGAUAAGAGGCCAUUCGAAAUUUCUUCACAGUUUGGGCGACUCGUGAUACAGUCUUGGGAAUGGAGAUCAUCUUAAACUAAAUUUAGACAAAGUGAUAGGAAUUAAAAUUAACGCUUUCGUCAGUUUUAAGCCAUAUCACGUGUGGUUUUAUUUUUGAGAUGAUGGAAUCGUUUUUGUUAGGACUGGUUAAGAGUUUAAGGCGAUUUACUUGGAAAGGACGGUAUUUUAGUAGACGAGCACUAACUGUGGGAGGAAUUUCGAGUCGGUCUUCCGAGAGAGAUCCUGAUCUCCGAAAAGCGAUCCUAGGUAGUCGAUCUUUGAAACAAUGACGAGCAGCUCCGUUGACGCGAUCAUUGCUUGUCAUUUUUACGGGGAUGUGCUCAAACAGGGUCGGGAAAAUGCGAGGCAGAUGCCGGGGAAAAGCUAAAAACCAAAAGUCUAGAAGCGGCCAAAUUUAGUAAAUCGAGUCAUAUCGACUUCUCGCGAAGUUGCUAGCGGUUAAACACGUAAUAUCUUAGCCAAUCGGAUAGACCCAGGUAGAAUCGCGAGGGUGGACGUUCAAGUUUCCACUCGCGUUCACAUUCAUUCCUCUCAUCGGACGCGAAGAAAGGAUCUGAGUACAUAGAUCGAUUCGUGCCACCUACCUACAGGUUUUCGCGAAAAAAGGAAUCGAAAAAGAUGCAGGAGCGAUGAAUUAACGGAUAAUUAAGUCGCGAGGUGGGUACCACGGCGGAAGCCAUCUUGAAAAUAUGGCGGAAACACGUCGCGUCGCCCGAUCGAUCGUACGGGCAGCCUAAAAUAGGAAUCACGCGGUCCGGCCAGAAAGUAGCUUUGAAUUUCCAAGUGCUGUGAAUGAAAGAAUAUUAAAGAUUCGGACUAUUUAUUUAUAUUUUUUAUUAAUCAACGCCGAACGACACCUCCAACUCGGAGGUGCACGGCCUGCGACAUAUGAAACGAACGAAGCGUCCUAUCAUUUCAGAGACAUCGAUCAGACCCCGACCUCACGCGAACAUAACCUCAUCGCGGGACUCUUCCGCACCCGUUGAGUUACCAUCCUUUUAAGGCGCAUAAUCAAAACGAUCGUUUUUACGCGCAACCAAGGAUCAUAAUUCGCAAUAUCAAAAUGUAAACAAUCGAGACGUAUACACUCUAGCUAGUAAGCGAGAGCUGGAAGAUAAAAAAGCGCAAAUCAACCCAAAAGUCAUUACCCUAGUGAAAAACAGUUGUUCUAGUCUUAUUUAAAGGUGCGAUCAAGGGGGAGAAAGAAAGAUACAAGUCCCUUUUAAUUUCCCAGCAUACUCGAGGGAGAAAAGUAGUCGAAGUGCACUUUGUUCCCGUUAAACGUUAGUAGUUCGUUCCGUUACCGCGAACUGGGAAUAAAGAUGGCGAAGAUUGAGCUCAAAGAAAGGUGGGAAAAGUCGCGAAGAGACGCGCGAUCGAGGCGAAACUGGAAAUGAAGGGAGCCUCAAUCGCACCGAGUCCGACAUUCGAAUAUCAUCCCGAUAGGAGCGCUGAUAAGCGCGGAAACCUAACCUAAAGUCGCGAGGCGAGGGCCGCGGAUCGUUUGCGUCGCCUCGCCGAACAUAUCACUAAUUCUUAGUACCUAACGAGUAGUCCGUCAAUUACCACCCUCAAAAUUAUCGCCCGAAUAGCGAGAAAGGCUCGUCGAAAGGUUAGCAAAGGAAAAAGCGCGGUCGAUGAGGCAAAAAAAAGGCUAAACGAGGGUUAAACCAGGGUUGGACCUGGAGGUUUUCUCGCCAUCAUUCCCAGUAGCGUUAGUAUUACGGCAACGUGGUUGUGAGGGAUUCCCAGAGGCGUGGGGGAAAAGCGAAUUCGUUCUCAUGCGAAUGGUACUUUAAGGUAUACGAGGAGUACUUGUUCUGCCAUCGAGAUGUCAAUUUUACCUGCGGCGCAUUUCGCAACCGGCGCCUCUUCCGGUUGCGGCAGAGGCCUCGGUCGGGUCCCCGGGAUUCCCGCGCGGGAAUUUCGAAUUCGGUAACCCGACCCCGAUUUUUCGGGCACCCCGUGGUGGGCGUACACAAGGCGGUACACAAAAUGUUGGCAAUAAUUUCUAUUUAAACGAGGGACGCGGCGCAUUAAGAUUACUGUUAACUAUUAGUAACGCGUAAGAGUUUGUAGAGAGUUUAUAUAGGUAAAUUAAGCAGAGAGCUAGAGAUAGGGUGCAUAAAAGAAAAAGGGGUUCUAUACUUUCGAGGAACUUCGAUUAAUUUCGAGCAUUCAUCGGGACGAGCGAGUCGGGGAGUUUUGGAAAAUAGGCGCCAAUCAGCUUUUACUGCUCGAAUUUUGAAUCUCUUGAACGAUCGUCUCGGCGAUGACUCGCGCGUCCCGGUGGACGCGCCGGAAGUGGAUUAAACGGUACAUAAAUAAUUAAAGAGAAAAUAAAAGGACUACAAUUUAAGACCUGCGGAGACGUUUAUAAUCAUAGCGAGGACAGAUCUAGGACUGGAUUUUAGCUUUUUAAUUUAUACCGAGCGCGCUUUUUAGGCGGGACUUUGGGCGGGAUUCCGGCGAAAGGGCUAAAGUGCCGGCAGGAAGGGAGACAAAGGCCCCGCGUUCAGGACGGCUUGUAGUUGAUUCUAACGAGUCUAUUUUAGUAGCUUUAUUUAUCGAUUGCAAGUGUGCAGGAUGACGGCGUAUACGGGAGAUGCGUUACGAUCUGUAUAAGCAAGAGGCUGGAAAAUCAAAUAAAGUGUUAUGAUGAAUGUUAGACAAAA